GGGGAAAGGGGCGGUGAUUGACGUGGCUGGAAAACAGGGAGAAGUUGGCAGGGGUAGGGCCGCUGUGGAGAGAGUAUCGGACCGUACGGGCGCCACCGGACCAUUGCUGGGAUAGCCUCGGCACAGGAAGGGACUUCCACCGAAGGGCGGCCGCGAUGUCGUCGCUGAGCAGCCUGGACACCAGCUCUUCCGUGUACCCACCGGCACAACUGUUGAACUGGGUUUACCUGAGCCUACAGGAGCAACAACAACAACAACAGCAACAGGGCCAGGACGCUCCUCAGCUGAUCGGACACGGUGGACACCAUGGCCCCAACAACCAGCAAUUCAACAAGUUGAACUUGGCCCCUGGCGGCCCCAGUGGGAAUUACAACAUGAACAUGGGCAUGACGUCGGCGGCGCCCGGAGGAAUGAACAACGAGAGGCAGCAACAAAUGUACAACGGCAUGAACGGCGCUCCUGCGCACGCGCAGAUGACGCAGAUGAACAACAUCAACAACAGCCUGGCGAAUGGCAUCGUGACGGGUCUGGCCAACAUGGCGGGCACGGCCCCCAAUGGCACCAUGGGCGGAGGGGGUGGAAACUACUCGGGGGGUGGCGGGAACGUUGGUAACGGGGGAAGUCCGUACGGUUCUCUGGGGGACAUCGCCGCCUUGGCCGACCACUUCUCAGACCUGUCCAUCAACACCUUGGCCAUGGAGCGCAAGCCGACAAAGCGCCCGCCGCCGUCCUACCUGUGUCACCUGUGCUUCCAGAAGGGCCACUACAUCAAGGACUGCCCGCAGGUAGGAUCCCAAGCGCGGCCGAAGGGAGAGGGUCUGACGCCCUACCAAGGAAAGAAGCGAUGUUUCGGCGAGUACAAGUGCCCCAAGUGCAAGCGCAAGUGGAUGAGUGGGAAUAGUUGGGCCAACAUGGGCCAGGAGUGCAUCAAGUGCCGCAUCAACGUGUACCCACACAAACAGAGCCCCCUGGCGAAAACUGAUGGUAUUUCCACAUUUCGUCUCUCUCUGCAGCGCCCUCUGGAGAAGCCAGAUGGCCUCGAUGUGUCGGACCAGAGCAAGGAACACCCGCAGCACCUCUGUGAGAAAUGCAAGGCUUUGGGUUACUAUUGCCGCCGUGUUCAGUAAGCCUGUUUACUGUCAAUAGGCGCUGAAAGAUUUUUUUUCCUCACGGCAAAGGCAGUGUUCUCAAACGCCAAAUGUUGACAAUCAUUUCAAACGUGACAUGAAUUGCUAACCCUAACAAUCCAAGUGAUUUUCCUCUUAAGCCGCUAUCGUGAGACGUGCACCAAUGGCAUGAGGAGUGUCCGAUAAUAAAUGCUACUUGCUCGAUGCAACUACAAUAUUGACAACAGUAUUUCCAGCGUGCCUUCGUAGUUAACGAUACCACAAUGUGUCCUUUCACAGGGCACCCCACAAGUGCCUUUCAGAACUUAUAUCUGUGACAGAUAAUGCCUUACCUGUAUACUCAACAACCGCCAAACAAUAAUGAGCUUGUUACUUAUUAUUAUUGUUGUUGGGUAUUUGUGUUGUACAAUUGUGGAAAAUAUUUCUAACCCUGGAGUAUGAUUCACCACUGACAUUGUACUUCUUUUUCAAAAUUGUACUACAGCAAUGCUUUCACGAAUUAUUUGUGACACAGGCAUGAUUUGUUAUUUGAAAAUAACUAGACACGAUUUUGCAUUGUCUAUGAACAUUCUGUCAGAACGAACUGAGAUGUACUUAAUGCGAAUGGCAAUUUUUGUAAUGACAAUCAAAUGUAACACUCACCGUUAUACACUAUACGUGCAUAAUAGCUUAAGAUAUUAUACGUAUCGUCAAGUGUCAUUGCAUAUCAAGUCCGCGUUUUGCCAUGUAAGAACGAUGAUAUUGUACCAGAUAUCAUGAAUGUCAUGAGGUAUUCGCUGCUUUACAACGUUUUAUUCAGCAUUUUGAAUUUUGACACAUGCAUUUUGAGCACGACCUCACUGAGAACAGUUAAGAUUUUACAGACAUCACGGUUGACACUCAUGUAUUUUACUGACGUCCUGUCGUAGGACUGAAUGAAUGUGAUAUUGUAGCUCGCAUUUCUCAUUAUGUGCUGCCAGUGGAGGCAAAUGAUUUGACUUGGGAAAGGAUGAAUUUGAGAAGGUAGAAGUGUACCUGACAAUCACCGAAACUUGAGAUUUUAAGUGCCUUAAAGUUGUAAUGAACUUAAGAUGAACGUUUUGUGUAGAUUAGUAAGUUGAAGUUUUAUCUUGCUGUGCCCUUAAUAUUGCCGUCCAGUUCUUGCCUUAUUAACAAUCAUGACUAUAGGAAAUUUGUUUUAGAGUCUCGUUGAAAUAUCGCGAGACCGCUCGAGACUGUGGAAAAUCUUGCCAUGUAUCAUACAUUUAUUGUCUGUAAAGUGAAAGAUCGGAGAUAUUUUAGUCCAAGUAAAUGGGAGUUAUACAUUAUCACUGUGAUGUUAUACAGUACUACAAGCAACCCAGAGUUAUACUAUUAUCACUGUUGUAUCAUUUUUAUCCCUAGAGGAGAAUGAGGUAAAGGUUUGUACUAUAUUCCUUUUGGUUCUAUCUAUAUCUGUACGCACGGUUGUAUACUUCUUACAGGAGCACUAUCGAGACUGGCCAUAUUUGGAUGUUAUAGCCAUAUAAGUCUUCUUUGUCCAUAUAUGGAAGUGUUGUCUGGGCCAUGCUGAGUUCUGAGUUUAUAUAUCUCUGGCCACAGUUUAUUGUGUUGGAUAACUAGAGUAUAUCUUGUUACGCGAUUGGCUGGAUUGCUGUGUGGAGUUUUAUGUCGUUGAGACUAGGUAGCUAGAGAAAGUGUUGGAAAUGGCUGAAAGUUGAAUACUGCAUGUAAAUAUUAGCUCGUUCCUAGAUGAUACGUUUUUUGCUGUACCGAAGUCUGGUUUUUAGAGAAUAUACUGUUGAAUUGAGGUAUGUUUUUAUCUGAAGAAAAUGUCAGAAAAAUUGUUUAACAUUCCAGCUGUUUUGUUUGGGGAUAUGUUGUAGGCUGGUUUGUGUGAAGUAUAAUUUGGAGUUAUCGCCUCAUAGGCUAUAUUUGGAGUUUAACGCCCCCAAGGCUGGAGUGAUAUAUAAAUAUUGGAUGACAUAUAAGGAGUGCACAUAUUUGUACGGGAUGUUAUGUUGAGCCAGAUACUAUAUAUAUUUGCACCGGUCUGCCAUUUUAAACGUGUUUUCUGUGCUGGUAUCACUUGUCCGGUCAAUUGACGACAUCGCUUACGUCAUGAUAAAGAUAUGGCUUGAUAUGUAGUAUGAUCCGGCUUUGUUCAGUCUAGUACAUUGUCGUGUGCUUAGAUCUAAUGCCUUAAUAAAGGACGUUAACACAAGG